GCACGGCCAUGGGGGUCACGGUGGACGUGCGCCAGGUGUACAAGUACCCCUUCGAGCAAGUGGUCGCCAGCUUCCUCCGAAAGUACCCCAACCCUCUGGAUAAAAAUGUCAUCUCUGUAAAAAUCGUGGAGGAAACAAGAGAUGAGUCAACAGGGGUUAUCUAUCGAAAGAGGAUUGCAGUCUGUAAGAAUGUGGUUCCAGAAAUUUUAAGGAAGGUGAGCAUUUUAAAGGUACCCAGUAUCCAGUUGGAAGAGGAAUCCUGGCUCAAUCCUCAGGAAAGAAACAUGGCAAUACAGAGUCACUGCCUUACAUGGACACAGUAUGCAUCCUUGAAGGAAGAAUCUGUCUUCCGGGAAAGUGUGGAAAAUCCAAACUGGACAGAGUUCAUUCAAAGAGGCAGGAUUUCAAUCACAGGGGCCGGCUUUCUCAACUGUAUUUUAGAAACUUUUGCCAGCACAUUCUUACGACAGGGUGCCCAGAAGGGAAUUAGAAUAAUGGAGAUGCUGCUAAAGGAACAGUGUGGUGCCCCCUUAGCAGAAUAAAGAAUUGUCGGGGCACCAUAUGCGUGUCUGCUGUUUUUCAAGAAUCAUGUGUUGGUCACAGUAUACCAUAGUCCCAGCUUCUGGAACCCAGGUGUGGGGGUGCAGUGUCGGCAGCUCAAAGAAGAAGACACCUUCCUGCCAGGAUGUAAAGACAAACUCCUCUAGGAGCCUGCUUCUGAUAGCUGAAUUGAUGCAGCUGGACUCCUCGUUGGAUUUUUAUGACAAUCUCAUUGUCAUUCAACAAAUAAAGGGAAAGAUCCCUGGAAGAUAAUGUGUGCCACACCUCGGGAUGUUCUGCUGAUUGUCUCAUGGCCCUGAAUGGGUGUCCUGGAACAAGAUAAUCAGGUCCUGUGGAGGGCGUCUGUGCCCUUAUGUUAACUGUAUUGCUGUCCGUAAGGAUUCUGGAACAUACAAAGGAACUGAACCUGAUGCUGAUCCCUUCGUGUCCUGGAAUCAAUUAGCCAUGGCUCAGACCUGUACUGAAGCUAAGCCAUAUUUAUAGAAAGCUUUAAGAUUCUCAGAAAUCAGAAAAAUUUGUAUUAUGUCCAUAAACACUAUGCAACUAUACCACGUGAACUGUGAUUGGGUCUCCUGAAGGAGCAUGCGACAGAGUGUGAUGGUGGAGUCCACUCUUGGCUCCCACUGGGUUGUUCUGUGACAUGGAACCCACUUAUUAACAACUCUGACUCUUAAUGGUGUAUGCAGCUACUUGGGCCCAAGUCUUUCUGCCAGUGAGCUGUGAUGGUGAAAUGAAGCAUUUUGGUAUGAACACAGAUUUGGGAGACAGAAAGACCUCAUUUUGAAUCCUAGUGCAGCCACCUACUAGCUCUGUGAUCACAUACACGGUUUUUUAAACCUUUCUGAAAAAGUUUUCUAGCAUGAUGGAAUUAACUUUGUCAGUUUGUUGGACUGAUUUGAGAUUACAUAUCUGAAAUGCCUGGUAUGGUAUUGGCUGGUGUGGGUGAUGGACCAAACCUGACCCUGCACUAGCUGUUGCACAUGAAUCAAGUCUAAGGACUCCCCAGGUGAAAUUUGGUGGGGGAUUCCCCAUCUAGACCACUGGACUCAGAUACUAGCCUCAGGAACAAUCACAAGAUGAAUAAUCCAACAUUGGAGUAGAGGAAUCAGGGCUGGGCCUCUUCAGUUGCUGAUGCCCGUGCAGUGGAAAGCAUACCCAGAUGUACAUGAAAUACAUGACACCCAGCUCAUGUAAGUCAGCAGAGAACACUGAGUACCUCAUCCAAAGAUGCAAAGAGAAUAGGAUGGACAGCUCUCCUGACCAGACCUUGCACUUAGCGUCUGGGUCUGAGGAUACACCAAAGUAGACCUGUUCAUUCAGUAGACCUUGGAACGAUUUUUUCAACCCUGGUGCAAUGUAGCUGAUGCUAUUUCAGAACUAUCAAGAUCAGUCAAAUAAAACCCUUGGAACAUUCUUCUUUCCCAUCACAGGGUCUCCAAGCUAAUAUCAAAUGAUCGUCUCUGUCCCCAGGUGCUGACUGUAAUAAUAUGGGGAAAAAUGGUGGGAGGGAGACAA